AUGAGUGAACUAUACUUGCUGGAUUAUGGCGCAGGGAAUGUGCGCAGUUUGGUUAAUGCUAUCACUAGAUUGGGUUAUCAAGUACAACCAGUGAAUCAUCCUGAUGAUAUUCUCAAAGCAAAGAAACUCAUAUUUCCUGGAGUGGGCGCAUUUGGUAGUGCAAUGACAUCUCUCGUAUCAAAGAACUAUGUUGAUCCACUGAAAAAAUACAUUGCAUCUGGUAGACCGUUCAUGGGAAUAUGUAUUGGAUUACAAACUCUCUUUACCAGCUCAGAUGAAUCACCUGACGUCCAUGGAUUAAACAUAAUCAAUGGACGUGUUAAGCUCUUUGAUAAUACCACAAAAUCAGUUCCUCAUAUGGGAUGGAAUAAAACGCUAAAACGUAAACAAGGAUCCGCAUUCAGUCUUUCUGAUGACAGGGUGUAUUACUUCGUUCAUUCUUAUGCAGUACCAUACACAGAGGAUCUCGCGAAAUGGACACUAGCAACUACCCAAUAUGGUGAUGAAGUAUUUGUAAGUAUCGUCCAAAAAGAUAAUAUAUUCUGCACCCAAUUUCAUCCAGAGAAAAGCGGAUAUGCUGGGCUGAGAAUACUCAGGAGUUUCCUAGAAUGGAACGGAGUGUCCGACCAGCCUACUAUACUUUGUGAUCCUGUUAAAGUGUCGUCGGAUUAUUUGACGAAACGUAUAAUCGCAUGCUUAGACGUACGCACAAAUGAUCAGGGCGAUCUAGUUGUGACAAAGGGUGAUCAAUAUGAUGUCAGAGAACGAGAUAAUGGUGGGCAAGUGAGAAAUCUCGGCAAACCAGUUGAGCUCGCACGCAGAUAUUUCGAAGAGGGCGCAGACGAAAUUACGUUUUUAAACAUAACCAGUUUCAGAAACUGUCCGCUGGCUGAUUUACCAAUGUUGGAGGUACUGCGACGUACCAGCGAGACUGUGUUUGUACCUUUGACUAUUGGAGGUGGAAUACGAGAUGUUGUCGAUCCUGAUGAAAAAUUGCAUUCGGCGUUGGAUGUUGCUGGAUUGUAUUUCAGAUCCGGUGCUGAUAAGGUGUCUAUUGGUAGCGAUGCCGUAUAUGCUGUAGAAAGAUAUCUCGAGAACGGUCAUGAGUUAAGUGGAGAUACAGCAAUCGAAACCAUUGCUAAAGCAUAUGGUAACCAAGCCGUUGUAAUAUCUGUCGAUCCGCGUAGAGUAUACGUAAGUUCUCCUAACGAAACUGUUCAUCACAUAAUAAAGACAAUAUAUCCUGGUCCACAAGGAGAAGAAUAUUGUUGGUAUCAGUGUACUGUUAAAGGAGGUAGAGAAGGCCGUGACAUUGACGUACACCAGUUGGUGACUGUAUGCGAAAAAAUGGGUGCCGGGGAGAUUUUGCUUAAUUGCAUGGACAAGGAUGGAACUAACUCUGGAUAUGAUAUUGAGCUUGUCGACGAUGUUAAAAAGGCCGUUAAUAUUCCUGUCAUUGCAUCAAGUGGAGCAGGGAGGGUCGAGCAUUUCGGUGAAGUAUUUGAGAAGACUAAGGCAGAUGCUGCUUUAGCCGCGGGAAUAUUCCAUCGAAAAGAAGUGCCUGUGGCAGAUGUCAAGAAUUAUUUGAGAGAAAAAGGGAUUCUUGUGCGGAGUCCCGAUAAUAUAUUGUAA